CAGCGCCGCAGCACGGCCCGCGCCGCCAGCUCCCUACGGCUCCGUCCCGCCCCGUCGCGCCGGCCCAGCGGCUCCAGGGUGGUUGAUGGAGUUAUGAUUCUCCCUGUACUGAUGGUGAUGGCGUUCCCAUCUCCGAGCUGGCAAGACGAUGAACGGAAGCUCAAGAUGGUGCCCUACGAGUGUGUGUGUGAAGGCAUCUCCUGUGGGAACGGGGACCGGUGCCAAGGCCAGCGCUGCUUUGCUUCCCUGAGCAUUAAUGACGGGGCCAAGGUCUACCAGAAGGGCUGCUUCCAGGUCUAUGAGCAACGGAAAAUGACCUGCAAAACACCCCCGUCCCCCAACCAGGCCGUGGAGUGCUGCCAGGGGCACCUGUGCAACAUGAACAUCACUGCCCAGCUGCCCUCCUCCAAAGGGCAAAUCUUUCAAGGAGAAGCUGCAGGUUACAGCAUGGAAACACUGAUCAUCGUUAUCCUGGCCCCUGUGGUAGUGUUGAUAGUUUUUUCUGCAGUAGCUGUGCUGAUCAUACGGAGAAUACAGAAGAACCACAUGGAGAGGCUCAAUUCCAGGGAUGCAGAGUAUGGCACAAUCGAGGGCCUCAUUGCCUCCAACGUGGGGGACAGCACGCUGGCAGAUUUGUUGGACCAUUCCUGCACAUCUGGAAGUGGCUCUGGACUUCCCUUCUUGGUGCAAAGAACGGUGGCGCGCCAGAUCACGCUUGUGGAGUGUGUGGGAAAGGGCCGUUACGGAGAAGUGUGGAGGGGUCAGUGGCAAGGAGAAAACGUUGCUGUGAAGAUCUUCUCUUCUAGGGAUGAAAAGUCCUGGUUCAGGGAAACUGAGCUGUACAACACUGUACUGCUGCGGCACGAGAAUAUUUUAGGUUUUAUUGCGUCCGACAUGACUUCCAGGAACUCGAGCACGCAGCUGUGGCUGAUCACACACUACCACGAGAUGGGCUCUCUGUACGACUACCUGCAGCUGACCACGCUGGACACGGUGAGCUGCCUGCGCAUCGUGCUGUCCAUCGCCAGCGGCCUGGCGCACCUGCACAUCGAGAUCUUCGGCACGCAGGGCAAGCCGGCCAUCUCCCACCGCGACCUCAAGAGCAAGAACAUCCUCGUCAAGAAGAACGGGCAGUGCUGCAUCGCCGACCUGGGCCUGGCAGUGAUGCAUUCCCAGAGCACGAACCAGCUGGAUGUGGGGAACAACCCCCGUGUGGGCACCAAGCGCUACAUGGCCCCCGAGGUGCUGGACGAGUCCAUCCAGGCCGACUGCUUCGACUCCUACAAGCGCGUGGACAUCUGGGCCUUCGGGCUGGUGCUCUGGGAGGUGGCCAGGCGCAUGGUCAGCAACGGAAUCGUGGAAGACUACAAGCCACCCUUUUAUGACUUGGUUCCGAACGACCCCAGUUUUGAAGACAUGAGGAAAGUGGUCUGUGUGGAUCAGCAGAGGCCCAACAUUCCCAACAGAUGGUUCUCAGACCCGACGUUGACGUCCCUUGCCAAGCUGAUGAAGGAGUGCUGGUACCAGAACCCCUCAGCCAGACUGACAGCCCUGCGCAUCAAAAAGACUUUGACCAAAAUUGACAAUUCCUUAGACAAACUGAAAGCUGACUGUUGACCCUCUCCUGGUGGUGCUGUCCCGGCAGGAAGGCGCCUGGCUGCCCCGAGGGCGCUGCCCGGGCAGUGCCAGCCUGGUCCCCGUGCUGCUCGAGCAGGAGCCUGGGGACAGCUGGGGACCCAGCACUGCCUGGGCCACCUUGCCUUGGGGACAGCUGGGGACCCAGCACUGCCCGGGCCAGGUGAGCUUGGGGACAGCUGGGGACCCGGCACUGCCCGGGACACCUUGCCUUGGGGACAGCUGGGGACCUGGCACUGCCUGGGCCACCUUGCCUUGGGGACAGCUGGGGACCCGGCACUGCCUGGGCCACCUUGCCUUGGGGACAGCUGGGGACCCGGCACUGCCCGGGGCGGCGCUGGGACUCAGCCGCACGGGCUGUGCCUGAGCUGGUGGCCUGAAGGAAGACAGAGAAAUCCUAAGACAAGAUCAGGGCAUUAAACAAUGGCUUUGAACAGCUUUUUUCUUGUUUCUUUUCUUUUCUUUUUUUUUUUUUUUUUUGUUUCCUUUUUUUUCCCUUUUAUUUUUUAUUUUUAAUGUUUUAUUUUAAUUCUCCUAAUCACUCCCAAGGUGAACACAUGGAAGUGGUAAAUUUUAAUCAGCAAUAUUGCCUGUGCUUAUCUUCUUUAUUGCACUAGGAAUUCUUUGCAUUCCUUACUUGCACUGUCACUGUUAAUUUUAACGACAUGACUUGCCAAAAAUAUGAUUGGCUGUAUCCUGCAUUGAUCUAUGCCUGAGUAGUAGGAAAAGAAUUCGGUAAACUGAAAAUGUAACUGUCAGACUUUAGCUGCAUUUUACAUGUGUACUGAUGUUUACAAUAAUGCUGAACAUUAGGAAUUUCUUGUUUAUCCAAAACUUGCAAAUUAUUUAUUACUAGUGCACUUGCCAGUUUUUUAAACUGUAAAAUAAGUGCAUAAAGUUAAAGCUUAUUUUUAUGUGGCCUCUUUCAUGAUUUCUUACACAGACGUUUUUGUAACACAAUAUAACCUGAAACAUGAAUUGUUUUCUGUAUUAUCAUAUUACAACUUGAUAGUCACAUUUUAAGUGCUUCACAUUUGUAGGUGUGUGGUCUGUACCAUAUUUUCAGUUGGAAUAUGGAACGUAUAUAUAGCCAUUUCCCACAGGACCUUGCGUCUGGCAUCUUACUGAUCUGGGAAAGGAAGGCAAUGGAGGAGUUAACUAGAAUAUUAGGUCAUGAAUGCUGUGGGGAAAAUGCAUUUUAUUUCUUCUAAGCUAUAUAAUAUGCAUUUAAACUCUGCCAGAAAAAUAACUAUUUUGUUUUAAUCUACUUUUUCUAUUUAGUAGUUAUUUGUAUAAAUUAAAUAGAAUGUUUUCAAGUCAAA